GAUUACCUACCAAUCAAUGAUAACUUGUUAGUAAUCGUCAACUCUUUGGACCUCGCCAUUUUCAGGGAGGCAUCUCACUCCUGCGGACUUGCUGCUCCCGAGGAUCGACACUUUGAAGACAUCCCAUUCUGGAAUAAGAUUUUUUUUCUUCAUUCUCCUCCGUGUCUUUUGUUUUUUUUCUCCCACCUCCCAACUGUUAUGUGACUUUUUUCCCUUCGAUAGUCUCGCUCGUUUUUAAACCCGCUUGAUUAUUUCUUUUUUCAACGAAGUCCUUUUUACAACCAAUGAUGACAUCCAAAGAAGUGGCCAAAUGUGAUGCAGUGGAAAACAGGAGGCGAAGUCCGCUGGACCACUUGCCGCCUCCUGCCAACUCCAACAAGCCGCUGACCCCCUUCAGCAUCGAGGACAUCCUGAACAAGCCCUCUGUGAAACGAAGUUACACCAUUUGCGGCACAGCUCAUCUCAUUUCGUCCUCUGAGAAGCACCGUCCGUCCAGCAUCCCUCUGUCCAGUAGGGCUCUGCUCAACCAGACCUCCCCCCUCUGCGCGCUGGAGGAGCUGGCCAGCAAGACCUUCAAAGGGCUGGAAGUCAGCGUUUUACAGGCAGCAGAAGGCAGGGACGGGAUGACUCUGUUCGGCACGAGAAGCACCCCGAAGAAGCGCCGGAAGUCUCGGACGGCGUUCACCAAUCACCAAAUCUAUGAGCUGGAGAAGCGCUUCCUGUACCAGAAGUACCUGAGCCCGGCCGACCGGGACCAGAUCGCGCAGCAGCUGGGCCUGACGAACGCGCAAGUCAUCACGUGGUUUCAGAACCGCAGGGCCAAGCUAAAACGGGACCUGGAGGAGAUGAAGGCCGACGUGGAGUCAGCUAAGGCCACCGGCAAUGUCCCUUUGGAAAAGCUCGCCAAGCUGGCGGACCUUGAGAAAUGCGCCAACGGCACGCUGGGCCAUCCGCGACCAAAUUCCCCCGCGCGGGUCGGCCAGCAGGAGCUCGAGCUCGCUCAGAAACUGCGGAACUCGCCGCUGUCUCCGUUUUCAGACCACACAACUAGUAAAGAGUGCUCAGAGGACGAGGACGUGGAGAUUGAUGUGGAUGACUGAUAGCACAGCGUGGGGCUGGAAGGUCGAGAAACACAAAAAGACGAUGAAAAAUCCUCCGGAGGACUUGUAACUUACUGCUUAUAUUGUAUACCAUAUCUCAGAACAUGUACCAAAAUGUAAUGACUUUUAUAUCGACACAGAUAGACCUAUUCAUAGUGAAGCAUGAACACACAACACGAAAUAUGCAGUGGUAUUUUACUAUGUAUUCAUUAGCAACCUCUUUCUUCUUGCAAGCAAAGCAAUAUUG